AUGCAGAAUCCUAACCCUAACCCUAACCCUAGCCUUUCAAAGGAUUCAUCUUCCAAUGCUGAAAGUUCAAGUGAAGAAGAAAGCAACCUGAAAACCGCUCUUGAAGUGUUGAUGGAGUUCAGGGCGGGGGAUAAUGACGCUGGUCGCGGCGGCCGUGAAGAUUGGAGGGUGGAUGAGAAUGGUGAUAGAGUGAGUGAAGGUGAAGCUUUGAAGAAGAGAAAGAAUAAUGAAGUGAAAGAGAAUCCUUCUGAAAAUCCAAUGUGUCCUAAAUGCAAAAGAGAGUUUCCUACGUGGGAGACUACGAUUGGCCACAUGCAAGAACAUCUUAAUUGUACUUCUAUUGCUUCUUCUUCAGCACUUGGUUUCAGCUACUCUCACACCAAAACCAAACUACAUCAAUUUGAUCUUAAUAAGGUUGAUGAUGACAUCCAACCAAUGGAGAAAGAAGAGACUUCUAAUAUUGCACUUGAGUCUGCUGAAGAGAAGGUAUAUGAAGGACAAGAUUUAGGAUUUGACUUGAAUCAGUUGCCUCCGAAUGAAGAAGAUGAUGUGAUGUGA